AUGGCUGGUCCUUCUCUUGAUGGAGAAGUGGUUUGGCUGCCCAUCUCAAACGCAGAAAAGGUUCUUUGCCUGAAAGUUGUGCCUGAUUCGCCCCUACUGUCAACUGCUGCGCACGUUCUAGAUACCUGCAUGCAGCUAGAGACGACACGGAGUCGCAUGGAAGCGAUUGAAACAGAUGUCACCGCUCAAGUCAUGGCCGUCCUGCGUCAUGCAGGCAAGUGGCCUGGCGAAACAUGUGCUUCCAUGAUUGAGCUGGACGAUACGAGGGCUGUAGGAAUGGGGUCCAACAUUAAGCACAGGAGGCGUGCCGCUUGGCUUGCGUUGGCCUUGGCCUACGUGGUCUCUGCAGGGCAUCGGCGACAUGUUAGCAACGAGCACCUAACCCAGACCGUGACAAGCUGUGGGCUGGCGAGCUUGGCUACAGAUGCCUGGAACGCAGCACGGAAGCCCCUCAACCAUCCCUCCGUGGAAGAUGCUGCUCCCACCACCUGGGACGUCAGGGGCUCUGCAGGGCCUGUCGCGGGCUUUGCAGCCCCUGCCCCAAGGGCUCCACCCGGCAGCUCCAGCGAGCUGCAGCUUCGGGCCCGCCAGUUGGGUGCAGAUGAGAGCGUCGUGCAUGACCCAUUCAUGACCGUAGAUGAGACUCUGGGAUCUGUCCUUUGCGCAGCCUGCGGCAAGCACUUUACGCCAGAGCAUGGGAUGAAUCGGAGGCACUUGAACUAUCGAAAAAAUGUCCAAGCAACCCUCAUGUGGGUGCGGAGCGAACACAAGACCUGUUUGGGCCUACUCCAGGUGCAGGAAAACCAGGGGGCCCAGACCACUGGGCGAGCUGCGCCGGCCGUCCCAGCUCCCCAGCAGGACACCGAGAGUGCUUGGGGGGAUGAUUUUGAGGUCACCGGAGCGACCCACGUGCCGGCACAACCAGAGCCGGUGCACUCUUGGGAAGAUCUUGCGGUCCCAGCUGCACAGGAUUGCUCAAACAUUAUCCGGCACUGGCGCGAUGUGCCGGUCCCACCCACGCCGACCCUAGAAGACAACUACGACUUUGCCAUGCAGCUCUAUUCGAACUAUGUGCGGAACGCUGGUCGCAAGCAUUCUUUCAAGGAUCCGCUCGGUGUUGAGGAAGUUUGA